GGACGAAAAUCAGUUACCUUUGAAAUAUCUUUCAUUUUAUUUUCUACCAGAAUUGCUAAGAUAAAGCCUUGAAAUUAUUCGGAAAUUUACAACUUUUAAUCUAGAAAGUGCAUUAAAAAUUCUACUUAAAUUUUGUAUAACUAAAAUGUCUGAAACCUGGAAUAUUGAUAACUACGAACUACGCAUGGCUGUGCUGCAUGCCAUCUCGGAAUUGGUCAAUACGGGACUGAGUAAGAAUUCUAUCAAGAUCUGCAUAGAAUUGAUGAAGAAUGGGAUCAGUGGUCAGGCACUGGCGCAAGUGGUCAAGACCAUAAGGGAAGGGAUCACAAACAAUGAGGAUGACAAGAAGGACUCCCAGUCAGAGAGCGAGAGCGACUCUGACGAAUCCCUAUCAAUACACAGGAUUAUGUAGGAAAUUGUUAUCAAAUUUAUUUUUGUUCAAAAUGUGUUUGGCAAAUUAAAAGUUCAAGUUGCA